CAUAUUGUGAGGACCACACCACGCCCUUAUGUAUAUGAAUAUGAUGUAAUACAUAUCGCCAUUAUUAUGUAUAUAAAAAUGAUGUGAUUAGGCCGUGGGUCUAGAUAAUGUCCAAACAACGCACUUAAUAAUAUUUUCUCUCCGGUGGGACCUGCCUCGACAGCUACGCUUAGCUCCCGAUAUCUAUCUUCCCAUGCGACUUUUACAUCACCCCAUCUGCGCAUUCAUCUCAGCCGUCCAUAUUCCAACCCGCUUGCCGACUAUUUCAGCACAACUAAUCCCGUCCUAUUUUAUACCGCGAAAACAUUUUAGAAGGCACGUUCCGGACACGUGUGGUUCUCCAAUUCGUUGAAAUCCUCUCCCUCUCCCAGAAGGAUAUCCCCUCCUAUCCCAUUCAUUCCAUCUGGGCGGCACAGCCUCCUACCUUUCCUCGAUCGUUUAUUUCAGCCGCCGCAGAGAGAAUCGAGAUAGAAAAAUGGGAGGCAAAGGUGUGGAAGGCGGGGGAGCCUACUGGGAACUAGAAGCGCGGAAGUGCGACGGCUGCAAGGGGCCGCCGGCGGCGGCGGUGCUCUUCUGCAGGGCUGAUGCCGCUUUCCUCUGCGCCACUUGCGAUGCGCGCGUGCACGGCGCGAAUAAGCUCGCUUCCCGGCACGAGCGCGUCUGGCUCUGCGAGGUGUGCGAGCAAGCGCCGGCCGCAGUCACCUGCAAGGCUGACGCCGCCGCACUCUGCUCCGCUUGCGACGCUGAUAUCCACACAGCCAAUCCCCUCGCAAGCCGCCACCAACGAGUGCCUGUGGUUCCCUUGUUUGAAUCCCCUGUCCCCGACCCGAGCCUCCUUUAUGAUGCCGAUGAUGGCGAAGAAGACAGCGCUGGUGCUGCAUCUUGGAUACUGCCUGCUCCGGCGAAGGAUACGGUUCAAGGAAAAAUGAAAUCGGCGGACUGCUUCACCGAUGUCCAUCCGUACCUGGAUCUGGAGUACGGUUCGUCGGUGGAAGCCGGGAUUUAUCAGUCUGACAGCGUCGUGCCGGCGGGAGCGGGAGCUUCGUCAGGUCUCAUCAUGCUCGAUUUCGGUAAAUCCAAGCCGAAGACGCAUAGCUACACCAUCAGUCACAGUAUGUCGUCAUCAGAGGUGGCAGUGGUGCCGGACGGUGGCGGUAGCGCCAUGGCGGACGUGUCUAAUUGUGCCGGCGGCAGCGGCGGCGUGGGGGAGAGAUCGACGAUGAUGGAUCGGGAGGCGAGGGUGAUGAGAUACAGGGAAAAGAGAAAGAACAGGCGGUUUGAGAAGACCAUACGCUACGCGUCGAGGAAGGCGUACGCAGAGACGAGACCGAGAAUAAAGGGGAGGUUUGCUAAGAGGACGGAAGUAGAGUUGGAGAUCGAUCAGAUCUACUCGUCGGCGGCCGCCGCCACGGCUGCUUUCAUAGAAUCUGUUCAAGACUACGGCGUAGUUCCAUCCUUCUAAGACAUCAUGCGAACUCUAUCACUCUGCUUUCGCCAUGAUUGACUGCAAGAAGCGUAGUGCCGUUUGUGGGAGUGAAAUCAUCGUAGUCGGAGCAGAUAAAGGCUCCUUGUUUUUGCAGCCUUCUUAAUUAUUGUAUACUUUUUGGAUAUUUCGACUUUUUCCGAUUCUGAUAAUUGCCAUUCGCUUCCCCGUGCGUUAA